AUGCAACAAACAUCAGAACUAAGAAGUCGUGCUUUUUCUCACUCUUAUGUCCUUGAGAUCACUGAUAACUUACAAAACUUGAUUGGAGAAGUUAGACAUUUGGUUUCUCUGAUGGGAUAUUGCGAAGAAAGUGGUGUCAGGGCAUUAAUAUAUGAAUAUAUGGCUAAUGGAAACCUCCACCAUCAUUUGUCAAGUAAUAAAGCGCGUGAAUUGAAAUGGAAAGAUAGGCUUCAAAUUGCAUUGGGUGCAGCAUAUGGAUUGGAUUAUUUGCACAAUGGUUGUAAGCCUGCAAUUGUGCAUAGAGACCUUAAGGCCUCCAACAUUUUGCUGGACGAGAACAUGGAGCCAAAGAUCGCUGACUUUGGAUUGUCUAGAGCUUUUGCAAAUGAUAUUGAUAGUCACGUCUCAACUCAUCCUGCAGGCACAUUCGGUUACCUUGAUCCUCAAUUUCAAAAUUCUGGAAACCUUACAAAAGGAAGUGAUGUUUAUAGUUUUGGAAUAAUUCUGCUGGAACUGGUGACUAGAAAACCAGCAGCAAAAAGACAACCAAACAAUACCUUCAUUCUUCUGCUUGAAUGGGUCACCCCUAAACUUGGAAGCAAGGAUAUCCAGUCCAUUGUUGAUCCAAGGUUACAGGGACAAUACAGUAUUGAAUCUGCUUGGAAAUUUCUUGAGAUAGCCAAGUCAUGUACCGCACCAAUCGCAAUUCAGAGGCCUGACAUAAGCCAAGUAGUAGUUGAUCUAAGGGAAUGUUUGGCGAUGGAGAUAAGAAUGGAAGGGACCAAUCACAACACUAAUUCAAGCUCUUCCUUGGAUAUGAGUGCUAAUCUGCAAUUUGAUUCAAGCUUCGGUGCUCCGUCUGCUAGAUAG